AUGACCCGCAACGUGCCCACGUUGCCCAGGAUGUGGACGAACCGAGUAAGCAGACGUCGAACUAGCACGACGGCCCGCUCAUGUCAUGCCAUGAGUUUACAUGGACGUCAAAUCGCCAAGUGUGCCGCGCUUCCGUGGAGCGCCUGCAUGAAGAGCGGAAAUUUCAACGGACCACGACCCCGCCGCACACUAAUCCACGUCGAGGCUGGGCUCCCAGGAAUCCGUGUUUUGACAGCGCGAUACUGA